CGCUACCAAUUAACGCCAACACAACCGCCAAAAUGGGUAUCGAUCUGGAUGUUCAUCACCAAAAAUCUGGGCACAGAAAAGCGCCCCACAGCACCAACCCGUACCGCAAGAUUCUGCACAAGCUGUACGAGUUCUUGAACCGCCGCACGGAGAGCAAGUUCAAUGCCACCGUCUUGAGGAGACUGCGCAUGUCGCGCAUCAACACCCCACCGAUGUCGCUCUCCAAGAUCGUCGCUGUCUCUGCCACCGAGCACUCCGGCAAGGAGCACGAGGGCAAGAUCCGCGCCGUUGUUGGAACUGUCACCGACGACAACCGCAUGCUCGAGGUUCCCAAGCUCAGCAUCUGCGCCCUCCGCUUCACUGCGACUGCCCGCGCCCGCAUCGAGGCCGCCGGUGGUGAGGCCAUCACUUUCGAUCAACUCGCUCUCCGCGCACCAACUGGCUCGAACGUCAUCCUCCUCCGUGGACCAAAGAACGCCCGCGAGGCCGUCAAGCACUUCGGCAUGGGACCACACAAGAACAAGAAGCCAAAGAUCGAGUCCAAGGGCCGCAAGUUCGAGAAGGCUCGUGGUCGCAGACGGUCGAAGGGUUUCAAGGUUUAAACGUUGCAUUACUGUGUGGUAUUGCUCGCUUAAGCUGGAGAUUAUAUGGUCGGGGAAAAGCAUUGGCACAUGCACGGCAGGAUUGCUGGUUCCACAGGGCGGGCAUCGUCCGAAAAUGCAACAUCAUGAGGAGUUCUUUCACGGGCAAUGCAGUUCACGGAAUGACAAGCUAGUCUGAAAACCCGUCCGAAC